AUGUUCAUUCCCAAAUCGUCGAACUUUGUUGUCCAUUCAGCUGUAGUGUACGGGCACAAGCACCGGAGCAUCACAAAUUCCCGGGUCAACAACUUCCUGGAUGACGGACAGUGGAAGGACGUCAACAUUCAGGCAGUACUUUACGACCUUCGCGUGAGCGGCUCGCCACACAUAAACCUGGAAGUAUGGUCGGCACCAGGUCAAGACCGUCCAACAUUUGAGCACGCAGUCAAGCAGAAGUUCCGGCCAACGCACCAAGGCGAGUCCUUUGGUCCCUCGUGGACUACUCAUUGGUUUCAUGUCACAGUGCAGAUCCCAAAGGAGUUUGCCGGCAAACCCGUGCAGUUUCUGUUUGACUCAAACAGCGAAGCCAUGAUAUGGUCCGCUGAUGGCGAGCCUCUCCAGGGAAUUACUGGCGGCGGAGGCGACGAGCGCCAUGUUGACUAUUUGCUAACUCGCAAGGCUACCGAUAACGAGGGAAUUCGCGAGUUCUAUGUGGAAAUGGCAGCUAAUGACCUGUUUGGCAACGGCGACUACCAUCAGCAUCCGCAGGACCGAGCCAUCUACUACAAUCUCAGCACAGUCGAGCUCGUAGCGCCCAAUCUCGACGCCUGGGCGCUAUACCACGAUCUUGAAGUUAUUGUGGAGAUGGCUGGGCGACUGCCUCAGGAUUCGGCGCGCUCCUGGCAGGCACUCAAAGCAGCCAAUGCAAUGGUCAAUGUGUUUGACCACCGCAACAUCGACACUAUUGCGCCUGCGCGCGAGAUCGCCGAGCAGUUCUUUAGCGUAAACGGCGCGCACACCAGGCAUCAAGUGUAUGCUAUCGGCAACUGCCACAUCGACACUGCAUGGCUAUGGCCAUUCGCCGAGACCAAACGCAAGAGCGCGCGUAGCUGGGCGACGCAGCUACAGUUGAUGGACCAGUACCCCGAGUACAAGUUUGCCGCCAGCCAGGCACAGCAGUUUGAAUGGCUAAAGCAAAACUACCCGGGGCUGUUUGCUCGUAUCCAGGACAAGGCCAAGUCAGGCCAGUUCAUUCCUAUCGGCGCUACCUGGGUCGAGAUGGACUGCAAUCUGCCGUCGGGAGAGUCGCUGGCGCGCCAGUUCCUUCUGGGGCAGCAGUUCUACCAGGAGCAUUUUGACGAAACUUGCAAGGUGUUCUGGCUGCCUGACACGUUUGGGUACUCAUCACAACUGCCCCAGAUUUACUUCUUCACGCAGAAGCUCUCGUGGAACAACAUCAACAGGUUCCCAAACACCACGUUCCGCCACUGCCGCCCUGGUGAGCUCAUCGAUAGCGAGCACAACCACAAGGACAUUGUGUAUACCAACGAAAGCAUGCUGCUGUACGGCAACGGCGACGGUGGCGGUGGUCCACUGAAGGCUAUGCUGGAGCGUCUUCGUCGUAUGGCGGAUACUGACGGGCUGCCGCGUGUCAAGAAUGCGCAUCCAAAUGAGUUCUACGAGCAUGUUGAGAAGACUGCGACUGAGCUCGUAUCAUGGAAGGGCGAGCUGUACUUUGAGCUGCAUCGUGGAACCUAUACGUCGCAGUCCAACAACAAGCGCAACAACCGUCAGGCCGAGUUCCUUAUGCGCGACGUCGAGCUGCUCAACACUGUAGCCAAAGCCUCGUCGUUUGGUCUCUACGACUACCCAAUGGAGGCUAUUAGGAAACUCUGGAAGCAGGUGUGCCUGAACCAGUUCCAUGAUGUCUUGCCUGGCUCAGCUAUUGGCAUGGUGUACCGCGACAGCGACAAGAUAUACAACGAGAUUUUCACCAUUGGAGAUGCCCUGCGCAAGCGUGCAACUGACUUCCUUUACGGCGAUGUGGUUGCCAAGGCUCCUGAAGACAUGUCGGCCGUUUUGCUUGUAAACACCGCUGCAUGGAUGCGUACCGAUAUCAUUGCUGUGCCGGAACUGCCGCUGUCACUGCUUUCCAAGGCGGGUGCCAAUGUGCAGAUUCGCAGGAAGGAUGGCGCCCCGCUUGUUCUGGCCACCAAUGUCUGUGGCAACCGGGCACAGCUUCUUGACCCAGCCCAGACCACCGAAUUCCAUUCAAGCCCUGUCAAGGUGUACCAGGAAGGCGACGAUUUUGUGCUCGAGAACACCAUGGUCAAAGUCACCAUUGGCCACAAUGGCAGAGUCAAGAGCUUUAUUGACAUCCGUGAAGAUCGUGAGCUUGUGCCUGAAGGCGCCCAGGGCAAUGUGUUUGAGCUAUACGACGACGUGCCGUUAUACUGGGACGCGUGGGAUAUUGAAAUCUACAACCUUGAGAAGUACCAGUCGCUGCCAGGCACCGAUAUCACUAUGGUUGACAAGGGCCCUCUGGUAGCUUCGCUGAUCGUGCGCGUCCCCAUUGGUGACACCAGCGUAUUGGUCCAAACGAUCACGCUGACAGCCAUUUCGCCACGCCUUGAGUUUGACUGCCACAUCGGCUGGCAUGAGAACCGCAAGUGCUUGAAGGUAUCGUUCACCUGGGACAUCCACAGCGAUGUGGCCACGUACGAGACCCAGUUUGGUGUGGUGCAGCGUCCCACGCACCGCAACACGUCGUGGGAUAUGGCCAAAUUUGAAGUGUGCGGUCACAAGUUUGCCGAUCUCUCAGAGUACGGCUACGGGGUGGCUUUGCUCAACGACUGCAAGUACGGAUACUCGACACUCGAGAACACCAUGACGCUGACGCUGCUGCGCAGCCCCAAGGCACCAGACGAGAACUGCGACAUGGGCCCUCACGUCUUCCGCUACGCUGUGUUCCCGCACAAGGGCACGUUUGCAGAGUCCACCGUGGUCAAGGAGGCAUAUAACUUCAAUGUCCCACUACUGCACCUGCCAGCAAAUGCCGACAGAUUCAGCAUGAAGGGUGGGAUGGCCGGUGCUGCUCACCCGUACUUUUCGCUCUCCAAUGCACCCAAUGUGGUCCUGGACACUGUCAAGGCGGCAGAGGACGGCAGUAGCUCGUUUGUGGUGCGCAUGUACGAGGCCUAUGGCGGCCAUGCAAAGGCGCUCUUGACGACAGCGCUGCCAGCCAUGAAGGCAGAGAUUGUCAAUAUUCUCGAAGGCCAUGUCAGUGAUCUGGAGUGGCUUCCGCACUCCAAGUCGACAGCCAUCAAAUUCAAGCCGUUUGAGAUUGUCACUGUCAAGUUCUCCAUCUAG